AUGAUCGGUUCGUUGCUUCGAACCGCGAUGGCGGGAAUCUCGCUCAAGCGGGUGUUCUACACCGUCCUCGUUAUAGGAUUCGUCGUUGUGGGCCUUGUCGCAAUCAACGUCGAACAGCUGCUCAAGAGCUUUCUCCUGUGGCUCAAGAACGACGUGGGCGUGUGGGGUCCCGUCAUCAUGUACGUGCCGCUACUCCCUACUUCUCCUCCUGACGAUGUCGUCCUGGGCGGGGGGUACGUGUUCGGGCUGCUCGUGGGCUUCGUGGCGGACUCGCUCGGCUCCACGGCCGGCGCCACCGCCGCCUUCCUCGUUGGCAAAACCCCCUCCCUUGUUUCCACGGCGGGCGCCACCGCCGCCUUCCUCGUCGGCAAAACCGUGCGUCCCGCGCUGCCGGUACUUGCUGACAUCCCAUCCCCGCCGCCUAUCGUUGUUCAGAAUCGAUUGUUCCCACAGCCCCUCUCUAGCUUCCACGGCCCUCUCUCUUGCGUCCGUGCUUCCUCCAUGUCUACCUCGCCCGUAGCCGGCUCGUUUGGCAACACCCGUGUCUCGCCAGCCCACCACUUCCCCACACCCAUCCUAUGCUUCACGCCCCACCCGUUCCCGACACUCCACCCGUUCCCGCUAACCCUCCCAUGCCCGCCCGCCCGCCCACGGCCUCGUGCGGUGCAGAUCGGGCGCUCAUACGUGUCGGCGAAGCUCAAGGAGUACCCGCAGUUCCAACCAGUCGCGCACGCCAUCUCCAAAUCCGUUUCUCGGCCUCCUCUCUCCCUAUUUCCUGCAAACUAUCUCGCCCCCUAUAAUCCGCUCCCUCCCCCCUUCACGCUCCCCCGCCCCCUCAUGCUCCCCCGCCCCCUCAUUCUCCCCCGCUCCCUCAUUCUCCCCCGCUCCCUCAUGCUCCCCCGCCCCCUCAUUCUCCCCCGCCCCCUCAUUCUCCCCCGCCCCCUCAUUCUCCCCCGCCCCCUCAUUCUCCCCCGCUCCCUCAUGCUCCCCCGCCCCCUCAUGCUCCCCCGCCCCCUCAUUCUCCCCCGCUCCCUCAUGCUCCCCCGCCCCCUCAUGCUCCCCCGCCCCCUCAUUCUCCCCCGCUCCCUCAUGCUCCCCCUCCUCAUCACGCUCCCCCGCCUCCCUCAUUUCCCCCGCGCCUGGCAACAUCACAUAUCGUGCUCCCGUUCUGCAUCUGCUCCCGCGCCCCCUCAUCCUCCCGCGCCCCCUCAUCCUCCCGCGCCCCCUCAUCCUCCCGCGCCCCCUCAUCCUCCCUCGCCCCCUCAUUCUCCCCGUCUCGUCCCCCUCACAGAUCGUGCUGCUGCUGCGGCUGGUGCCCAUCCUGCCAUUCAACGUGAUGAACUAUGUGCUCUCCGUCACGCCCAUCAGCCUCUCCUCCUACGUCCUCGCCUCCUGGAUCGGCAUGAUGGCAUGAGGAUCAGUGUCUAUCCCUUGCCUCUCCCCUCCCCUCCCUUGCCUCUCCGCCUCCCCUCCCUUGCCUCUCCCGCUCCCCUCCCUUGCCUCUCCGCCUCCCCUCCCUUGCCUCUCCCGCUCCCCUCCCUUGCCUCUCCCGCUCCCCUCCCUUGCCUCUCCCUCUCCCCUCCCUUGCCUCCUCUGCCUUCCUCCUUCAACCCCCACAGCCCAUCACCUUCACCUUCGUGUAUCCGAGCACCACCAUCAAAGUCGUAUUCUCCCUUGUCUCUCCUCCCCUCCCCGCCCUUGGCUCGGCAGCCCAUCACCUUCACCUUCGUGUAUCUGGGCACCACCAUUAAAGACAUUUCGGAAAUCGGCUCCCCGGGAGCUGCUGGGGCAUCGCAAUGGACGCACCUGUACUAUCCCACCAUCUACCCCCAAGUCUUGCUGCAUGUGGCAUCUAGCCCCAUUUUCCCUUACCUGUGCCUGCAACUCACUCUCCCCUGUAUGCCCCCCUUCCCUGCCUCCCCCCUUCCCUGCCUCUCCCCCCUUCCCUACCUCCCUUUUUCUCUCUCCUUUUGUCCCUCUGUGAUGGUGCAUCUGCAGUGGAUGCUUGGGGCCGGCCUUGCUGUCACAAGUGAGUGA